AUGGCCGAACAAAGAAAAGCAGUUAUCAAAAAUGCCGAUAUGUCAGAAGCAAUGCAACAAGAUGCCGUCGAUGUUGCGUCAGUGGCUCUAUCAAAAUACAACAUCGAGAAGGAUGUUGCCGCUUAUAUCAAGAAAGAAUUUGACAAAAAGUACAACCCAACAUGGCACGUUAUUGUUGGCAGAAAUUUUGGAAGCUAUGUAACGCACGAGACAAAGCACUUUAUCUACUUCUACCUUGGGCAGGUUGCUGUCUUAUUGUUCAAAAGCGGUUAA